AUGGACAAUACGGCCGCACUCACAAUCGCGCGCGGCCUAUUCCCAGCGUCACCGCCGAUCGAUUGGACGGAGAUCCCGAUCACAACAGGCGAAUCUACAGAGCUCGUUCCACUUGAAGAAGAGGAGCCGUCAUUCACAAGGGAUGAGCUGAAGCUAGCGUCUGGGAGACUUCCAUCGGGGAAGGCACCUGGACCCGACCUGGUCCCGAACGAGGUGAUCAAGAUGGCAGCAUUCAGGCAUCCGGAGAUCUUCCUCACCGCGUACAACGCCUGCAUUCAGUCGGGACACUUCCCAGCUCGCUGGAAGAGCGCUUUGCUAGUCCUUCUGCACAAGGGCCAAUCUAAGCCCCUCGACCAACCGUCAAGCUACAGGCCCAUAAGCCUCCUCGAUGGCGCAGGGAAGCUACUGGAAAGACUUAUUCUGCGAAGACUAGGGAAGCACAUUGACUCGGUGAAAGGUCUCAGCGACUCCCAGUUCUGCUUCAGGAAAUCAAGGUCCACGACAGACGCCAUCUCAAAGGUCCUGCAAAUGGCUCGGGCAGCUGGCGCCGGGGCGGCAAAGAACAGGGACCUCUGUGCGGUUGUCACCCUGGACGUUAGGAAUGCGUUCAACUCGGCACCCUGGAAGCUGAUUGACGCAUCGCUGCAGUGGUGCAACACUCCCGAGCACCUGAUCAACGUCAUUCGAUCGUACAUGUCCAACCGGUCAGUCCUCAUCGACAGGGACCCCGACACCAACGCAACGCAUCUCCCUGUAUCGCGCGGCGUUCCGCAGGGGUCGGUUUUGGGCCCCACUCUAUGGAACCUCUUCUACGACGGUGUUCUAAGACUCAGUGUUCCAGGCCCGACCAGGCUCAUAGCGUUCGACGACGACGUGGCCGUCGUCGCAGUGGCCCACAAUGCGGAGCUACUGGAGCUGGCCAUGAAUUCAGCACUCUCGGCCGUCAGCACCUGGAUGGCCGAAAACGGACUGUCGCUGGCCCCAGAGAAGUCGGAGAGCAUCGUGCUGACCAACAAGUACGCCUAUCGACAACCAGAGUUUGCCGUGAAUGGCUGUCCUGUUCCGGUGAAGAGUUCACUCCGCUACCUCGGCGUUCACCUGGACACCAGGCUGUCCUUCGUGGAGCAUGCACGUGUGGUAGCUGCUGGAGCCAAGAAGGCAGAAACCGCCCUGGGUAGGCUCAUGCCGAACACCGGAGGUCCCACUCAGUCCAAGCGUCAACUCCUGAUGAGCGUCGUACACAGAAGGGUGCUGUAUGGGGCCCAGGUCUGGGCGGACGAAGUCUGCAGUACUAAAAAGGCAAAGAGCCUAAUGACCCAAGCCCAGAGGUGCGCAGCACUGAGAGUGGCUCGCUGCUACCGCACGGUCUCGGACAUGGCAGCGCUAAUAUUGGCAAGAAUGCCUCCGGCCCCACACCUGGCGCACGAGAGGAAGAGCUACGCAGAGUCGAGGAGAACAGGCACGCCCCACGCCAAACCAGAGUUGCGGAAAGAGGUCAUUCGCCAGUGGCAGUCCACCUGGGAUGCCACCAGCAAGGGUUCAUGGACGAAAGUGCUGAUCCCGGACGUGGGCAGAUGGUGGUACUACGGCCUCAAGACAACCACAUACCGUAUGUCACAGGCACUGUCGGGUCAUGGUUGCUUUCAAGCAUACCUAUUCAAGAGGGCUAGAGCACAAAGCCCGGCGUGCAUGCAUUGCACCGCAGCCCACGAUGACGCAGAGCAUACCAUCUUGAACUGCCCCUUCUGGUACGAUUCCAGAGCGGAACUGACAAGAUCCCUCGGCAGACCAUCUCGCCCAGAGGAUGUGGGUGACCUAUUGUGUGGUCCUAUUCAAGAGGAUCUGCCAACGGAGAGAUGUCAGCAGGUCAGGUUGUUGGCGGCAGCAAGGAGGAACUCAAGCCUUUUCGCAGAAAUGGUUGAGUCUAUAUUGGGCCAAAAGGAGACGCUGGAGAGAGCGAGGCAGAAAGCGGCAGCAGCAGCCACAUAA